AUACACUUUUGUGAACUUGUAAGAAUAAAUCAAAUCAUCAGACUUUUUCGUUGAUUUAAUUUAAUAAAACGAUCAUAUAAACGAGAAUCCCACACAACGAAACAGCUAGAAGAACUAAACAAGACUCUCUCUCUCUCUCUCUCUGUAGAAAGAAGCCGGUGAAGCCGCCGGCGAGAAGAGAAUAAAGGUUAGUACGAAUCUCCGGACGAGGCAACCUGACAAUGCGAGGGUUACGAGCUUCUUCGCUGUUACUCUGCGGCCUUGUUCUGAUUCAGCUGCUUGCUGUUCAAAUCGAUGCUCAAAGACCUAAAACUCAAUGGAAGACGCUCUCUGGCUUUUCACCUCGCGUGAUUGCUCGUGGAGGGUUCUCUGGACUGUUCCCAGAUUCGAGCCUAGAUGCUUACAACUUCGCAAUGCAGACAAGUGUAGCAGAUGCUGUUCUAUGGUGUGAUCUUCAGCUCACCAAAGACGGGGCUGGGAUUUGCUUCCCUGAUCUAACCAUGAGCAAUGCUUCAAACGUUGAAUCUGUUUACCCAAAGGGUCAAUCCACUUACCCGGUUAAUGGAGUCCCUACUCCCGGUUGGUUCACCAUCGAUUUCUCCUUGAGAGCUCUCACUAAUCUUUCUCUGAUCCGAGGUAUAUUAUCUCGUUCAGACAAGUUCGAUGGUAAUGGAUACACGAUCUCAACCGUUCAAACUGUAAACAAGGAGAUGAAACCGCAAGGCUUUUGGCUUAACGUUCAGCACGACGCCUUCUACGCCCAGCAUAAUCUGAGCAUGAGCAAUUUUCUGGUAUCAGUUACCAAAACUGUUAUCGUUGACUUCAUCUCUUCCCCUGAAGUCAACUUCUUCAGGAAGAUCGCUGGACGUUUCGGGCGUGAAGGACCGAGCUUUGUCUUCAGGUUUCUCGAGAAAGAACAGUUCGAGCCGACGACAAACAGAACAUACGGUUCUAUCUUGAGUAACUUGACUUUUGUCAAGACCUUUGCUUCAGGGAUUCUUGUUCCCAAGUCUUACGUGUUGCCACUCGAUGACAAGCAGUACUUGCUUCCCUCCACUUCCUUGGUUCAAGAUGCUCACAAAGCAGGGUUGGAAGUGUUUGCGUCAGGCUUUGCAAAUGAUGUUGAUAUUGCACACGACUAUAGUUUCGAUCCAGUGUCUGAGUAUCUGUCUUUUAUGGAUAAUGGCAACUUCUCUGUCGAUGGUGUGCUCUCUGAUUUUCCCAUUACUGCAUCUGCAUCAGUUGAAUGCUUCUCCCACGUGGCCAGAAACGCAACAAAACAAGUGGAUUUUCUUGUGAUAUCCAAAAACGGUGCGAGUGGAGACUAUCCAGGAUGCACAAACUUGGCAUAUGAGAAGGCAAUCAAUGAUGGUGCUGAUGUUAUCGACUGCUCGGUCCAAAUGUCCAGCGACGGUAAACCUUUUUGCUCAAGUUCGAUCGAUCUCGGGAACACCACAAUGGUCGCCCAAUCUCCUUUGAGAAACCGUUCAACAAGUGUUCCUGAGAUUAGCUCAGUUAAUGGAAUCUACACCUUUACUCUCACAUGGCCUGAGAUCCAGACCUUGACUCCUGCUAUUUCAAACCCCUACAGCAGACGAUUCAAUAUGUUUAGGAAUCCAAACGAGAGAAAUUCUGGGAAGCUUCUUUCGCUUUCUGAGUUCCUAAACUUGGCAAAGAACUCCACCACUCUCUCCGGUGUUUUGAUCAGUGUUGAGAAUGCAGCAUACCUGAGAGAGAAGCAAGGGCUCGACGUGGUCAAAGCGGUUCUUGAUGCACUCACAGAGACUGGAUACAGCAAUAGAACAACCACAAAAGUCAUGAUUCAGUCAACAAACAGCUCGGUUCUAGUUGACUUCAAGAAGCAGAGCCAGUACGAGACUGUGUACAAAGUUGAAGAAACCAUCCGUGAUAUUCUCGACUCUGCUAUUGAAGACAUAAAAAAGUUCGCUAGCGCUGUUGUCAUCGGCAAAUCAUCAGUCUUUCCGGUCGUUGAUGGGCUCGUCACUGGGCAAACCAAUGUUGUGGAGAGGCUGCAGAAGUCUCAGCUCCCAGUAUACGUGGAGCUGUUUCAGAACGAGUUUGUAUCGCAACCAUUUGACUUCUUCUCUGACGCAACUGUUGAGAUUAACUCGUAUGUUACUGGACCUGGUAUAAAUGGAACCAUCACCGAGUUCCCAUUCACAGCUGCAAGAUACAGAAGGAAUCGAUGUUUGGCCAGCAAAGAAACUCUAUCUUACAUGGCCCCUGUGCAACCCGGUGGCCUCUUAGAAGUUGUGAGUCCGGGGUCCAUACCUCCAGCUGAAGCUCCAAACCCGGUUUUCACAGAUGCUGAUGUCACUGAGCCACCACUACCUCCGGUUACAGCAAAAGCCCCAACCCCAACCCCUGGAACCCCGUCAACCACUGCACCAGCACCUAGUGGACAAACCCAACUCACUCUAUCUCUUCUCCUUUCUGUUUUUGCAAUGGUUCUUGCCUCUCUUCUACUUAUGUGAUCACAUCUCCUUGCUGUUGAUAAUGUCUUUCCCUGCGUGACUCAAGUCAAAUCUUAACUGCCGGAACCGUAAAUUCUUUUCCUGUUUAUAUUCUAGUUCUGUCAAAAAGAACAGGAAAUUCUUGGAGUGUAAUUUUCCCUCAAAUUCAUUUGAGAUAUUCAUUUGUUGUUAUAACAUACACUCUUGCACUGUGUCUUGUAAUAUUUAUGAGAUUGUAUCCAUUCUUAAAGACGUAAUCAACUUCUUAUUCCA